AUGAAUUUCACAAAGGGACUACAGACUUCUUGGGACAAGAUUACCCACGAUGUCAAGUCUCAAAUAGCUCGUAGUAAUCCCCUUCAACAUCCCGACACAAAGACCCUGUCAAUGUGGAUUUAUGAAGAACGCGACACUCUGGCAUCAAUCAAGGCAACUGCUUAUCAUCAUGCCGAAGCCAACAAAGGAUUAGCUGAAUGGCUCAAGAGUGAACAGGAGAAGUACCCUCGUGAAGAUGUUCGAGAUCUCGAGGAUCUGGGUAGUAAAUUGGUCAUUCUCUUGGAGAAACAGACCGAGGUUGAAGAAUACUAUGCAAGCAAAUCAAAAUAUCAACAGUAUCGUCAGGUCAUAAAGUCUAUCAGAAAACGAGAGGAACAACUGACCGAACUCCACGAAAAGAAACUAUCGCUGGAGUCAAGAAUGAACCAGAUUGCCAAAACCAACCCCGGUUCUCCAAAGGUAACCGAAAUGCAGACCGAACUGGGUAAUCUCGAAAAGGAGUACGAGCUGUCCAAGGUGGGACUACAGGACUUCAAGCGGUUUGGGUUACGGGAGGCGUUCUAUUUGCGGUUCAAUGCGAUGAACGAAUACGCUGAAAAGACGGCGAUGUUGGCUGGUUAUGGAAAGUACCUCGUGGAUCUUCUUGAUGUGGAGCCUACGCCGGUCGGACAAGAGCACCGUCGGGAGUACGUUUGUCAAGAUCAGGCAGGAACGAUCCUGUCCGACGCACUGAGGACACUCGACAAGUGGAACCCGCCAAAGGGCGACGAGAGAUUCACACUGGCAAACGAAGGCCUCGAGAGUACUUUUAGGUUUGGGUUUGAGGAAGAUGCGUCGAUGUUGACAGAUGAGGAUAUUGAGCGACAUCAAGAUGUUGUUGUUCCUUCACUCUUGGUCAAUGGCACUAAUUCUUCUACUGCUACAACUAUUAGUGGUAAUAAUGAUAGUAAUAAGAAUACUACUGGCGUUGAUUUGGCCAGUAUCAAGAAACAUACCCAAGAUGAUCAGUUUAUGGGUACCUGGGCUUUGGAUGAAAAAUCCGGACAAACGAAACCGUUAGAUACGACUCCUGCUGCUGCUGCUGCUGCUGCUGCUGCUACUACUGUUAGUGGUGCUUCUGGUGGGGUAAUAAACCAAAUGAAUGAGACAGCCGGCCGUCCAAUUGUAUUCGAGGACGAUUAUCACACAGCCCGCUAUGACCAGCUGUAUGAAAAGAUGGUACAACAUGAAAACAAUUCGAGCGUACCUCGCCCCUAUUCCGAAUUCAAGGACCAGUUUGGAUGUUUCCAGGGCUCAGCCAAUCCUUUUAGCUUGCCUAGUAUUAAAAGUGAUUCAGUUGCCAAAAUAGUGUGUCCUCCGGGUCUGGAAGAAAAUGAGCAGUACAAAUUGUAUUAUGGCGCACCACCUGUCGAGAAGUUCCAGCAUUCUUAUGGAGAACAGAAUGUGUGGGCCAGUGAAGACAAAUGA